AUGGUGAACGUAGAAGGAAUUCGUACGGCCGUCGGCAUCAUCGGGAAUGUCAUAUCUUUCGGUCUGUUUGCGGCACCAAUACCAACAUUUUUGAGGAUCCACAGGAAAAAAUCAGUAGAGGAGUACAGUGCACUACCGUAUGUUGCGACAGUGAUGAAUUGCCUAUUUUGGAUAUUUUAUGGAAUACCAGUUGUUCAUCCAGACAGCACUCUUGUGGUCACCAUCAACAGCAUUGGCCUUGCAUUGGAACUCUUAUAUCUUUCCAUAUUCUUAUAUCGUGGAGAAGGAAAAAGGAGGGUUGUACUUUGGUUGUUGGCGGCUGAGUUGGCAUUCAUUGCAGCUGUGGUUGUGGCAACCCUUCUGGGCUUUCACACUCAUCCUAAGAGAUCCCUGUUUGUGGGAAUCUUCUGUGUCAUCUUCGGAGUGCUAAUGUACGCUUCCCCUCUCUCAGUCAUGAGAAAAGUUAUCAAGACGAAGAGCGUGGAAUUUAUGCCACUUUGGCUCUCGGUGGCUGGCUUCUUGAACGGAGCUAUCUGGCUCGUCUAUGCCCUCCUCAAGUUUGACCUCUUCAUCCUUAUUUCAAAUGGUCUUGGAGCACUAUCCGGUGCUGUGCAGCUCAUACUAUAUGCCUAUUACCGCAAGGGACCAAAGAAAGGCAAUGACGUGAAGCCGUCUGAGGUGCAGCUCCCAAAUGCAUCACUUGUUUAGCUAGACAUCAAAACAAAAAAAAAAAAAAUUGAGUUGUGUAAAUAAUUUUACAGUCCAGGAUUUACUUUUUUAGGGAUAGAUCGAAUAACAUUAGUUGCCUUGGUUUUUGUUAGCUUCUUAAUUGCAGCAGUAAAUUUGUGACUGCAUUCAAAUAUAUGGUUGAUUAUUGAUUUCAUUGUUACUUACAGUUUCUUUGUGAUGGGAUAGCAUCAGUUAUUAUUACAAUUGUUAUUAUUAUGACAAGUAAUGCUCACAUAUAUGAUAUACAUAUGCACGAGUUUUUUUUUUUUUUUUUUUUUAAUUAGGGACUUGAAGUAGAUGACAUACAAAUAUUAGUGAUUGUUCUUAUGCAUUGAUGGAGUGCUAGAAAUAGUCUGAUCUUUUCUUUUUCUUUUUUCUUUUUUCUCUUGGCACUUUGUUUUAGAAGAUAGAGAGUUACUACACGAGUCUUUGGAUCAAAUGGUAUCAAUUUUUCUUGCCAAAUAAAAAAAAUUAAGGGUUCAAUCAAGUCUGUGUUUGAGUUUGGAUAUGUAUGUUACAGAUACAACUAUUGGUGGUUGUUCCUAUGCAUUGAUUGUGUGUUAGAAA